GCAAAUUCCAAAUGUUGAAAGGUUUUUCAAAACUGUGCCUUUGGCAAAAAGCAGUAUUUACAGCAGGGGGUUUGCGCGUGCGUAAUGUACAUUCAUGCAUGAUGCUGUUAAAGAAGAUUAAAUGCAAACACUCAAAAAUCUCCCUCUUAUUUAUCCUCCCCUCACCCCCACUACCCAUAUCUCCAAAAAAACAGAGUUAACUCCUCCCAAUAAAACCAUAAAUACAGAGUAGCCUCUUCAUCUCUUCACCUCUUCAUUUCCAGUUUUCCACCAAUUCCAACCGGCAGAUUGUUAACCCCUCUUCUUACGAAUUUCUAUUUAUCUAGUAAAGUAGAAAAUAAAACCCACAAGAAUUAUACUACAUUCUUUCAGGCUGCUUCAGCAGCAUUAAACAACUGAGAGAUCAUGGCCAGAGAAAAGUUGCUGGUUUCUAUGGUCUUAGCUGUGCUUCUCAUUGCUGGAACUGGAAGUAUUAGUGUUGAUGGUAAAAAUGAAGAGGAGGAAGCAGAUAGGAUAACGUCUCUUCCUGGACAACCAAAAGUUUCAUUCCAGCAGUUUUCAGGGUAUGUGACGGUGAAUGAAGUUGCAGGGAGAGCUCUGUUUUAUUGGCUUACUGAAGCUGUUGAUGAUCCCUUGUCAAAGCCAUUGGUUGUUUGGCUUAAUGGAGGUCCAGGAUGUUCUUCUGUGGCAUAUGGAGCAUCUGAAGAAAUUGGACCAUUUCGGAUAAACAAGACAGCAUCUGGUCUAUACCUUAACAAAUUCUCAUGGAACAAAUUGGCAAAUGUUCUUUUCCUGGAAACACCUGCAGGCGUUGGCUUUUCAUAUAGCAACAGGUCUUCUGAUUUACUUGACACCGGUGAUCAUCGCACUGCUGAGGAUUCACUCAAGUUUCUGAUCCGAUGGAUGGAUCGAUUCCCACGCUACAAGAACCGCGAUGUUUAUCUCUCUGGAGAGAGCUACGCUGGCCAUUAUGUCCCGCAGCUGGCAAAUGCAAUAGUAAACUACAAUGCCAAGUCCAAGAACCCUAUUCGGAUCAAAGGAUUUAUGGUCGGCAAUGCAGUUACGGAUAAUUACUAUGACAAUUUGGGGACUGUGACAUACUGGUGGAGUCACGCCAUGAUCUCAGACAGGACUUAUAAGCAAUUGGUUAACAUUUGUGACUUCAGGCGCCAAAAGGAGUCAGAUGAGUGUGAAUCCCUUUACUACUACGCUAUGGACAAAGAAUUUGGCAACAUUGAUCAAUAUAACAUAUAUGCUCCGCCUUGUAACAAAUCCGAUGGUAGUAAAACAACAAGGCAUCAUAUGCGUUUGCCACACCAACCACGUCCGGUAUUCAAUCAUUUCUCUGGAUAUGAUCCUUGUAUUGAAAGAUACGCCGAAGCUUACUACAACAGGCCAGACGUGCAGAAAGCUCUUCAUGCAAAUACAACAGGGAUUCCAUAUAAAUGGACUGCCUGCAGUGAAACUUUGAACCGAAACUGGAAUGAUACGGAUAAUUCAAUGCUUCCCAUAUAUCGAUCACUGAUAGCUGCUGGAUUGAGAAUUUGGGUUUUCAGGUGCAAUUUGUCACCUUUUUAGUCCAUCAUUACUGCAUAAUUAUUUCACAUUAUCAGUAGCUAAAUAGAAAAUCCCAAUUUGUUUGUUGCUGACUUGUCUUAUUGCAGUGGUGACGUAGACUCAGUAGUGCCAGUCACAGCCACAAGGUAUGCCCUGGAACAAUUGAAGUUGAACACAGUUAUUCCAUGGUAUCCUUGGUAUGUCAAGAAACAGGUCAGCGAUCUUGCUUCUACUCUUGUUUUGUUUAAUUACUAGAUUGAAUUAUGUGCUCUGUUGGAUUUGUUAGCUCUGAUGGCUAGAUUGUGCUUUGACUUCUCUUUGCAUCAUUAUCCAAAAAUCUCUGUUUUGCAUUACAAUUAUGGAUAGCAUAUCGUUUUCAAAUUGACUUGUUUCUCAUUUGAUACUGAUAUUUUUGCUGGUUUUAUUAGGUGGGAGGUUGGACAGAAGUGUACAAGGGGUUGACAUUUGCAACAGUACGAGGAGCAGGCCAUGAAGUGCCACUUUUCAAGCCUAGAGCUGCACUUCAACUUCUCAAGUCUUUUCUGGCAGGACAACCCCUUCCAAAAGCAUGAUCAAUCGAAGUAUCAAACACAUAUUUGAUGAGCUAAAUCUUGGAGAAAUUUUCCUGGUUUCAUAUGUAACAAAAUCGAAAUCCCCCGAUAACUUUGAUUUAUUCAAACCAUGCAGAUGAUUAAGGAUGAUGCAUGAGGGAAGUGGACCGGAAAAAAAAAAAAGAGUAGCUAGGUUGGACUGAAAAUGUGUUUCUUUAAGGUUUCUUGGGGUGAUUGUUAAGGUCGGAAAUAAUUAAAAGGGAUGUUCAAAAAUGUGUUUUAAUUUUGCGUUUGCCAUUUUAUCUGAUCAAUCCAUGUGAAUGAAAAUUGCAGAAUGAAACCCAAGCCUUAAAAACACAAAAAAGUCCUCUAUGAAGCCAUCUGUUGAUGCUGCAAACUAUGCAUCAAUCAAAUGGGAACUAUGCAUCAAACUAUGCCAUCUAUGUUAG